CAAAACUCGUACAAGUCGGCUGCUCAGGUUGCUGCAGGUUGAGGCGCGCCGAGUUCGGGAGGGAUCCAGUGCUGUUUCUGGUAUUCUCACAGCUGGCACCUCCACCGUCGUGAACAAGUAAAGUUUGGGCCGGCUUCUCCAUGGCCUGGGCUCCAGUUCCCGGCUGAGCCAUUUUCUUUUUGGUUCAAAGCCCCCGCCCAGAGGCCGAUUCGUCGCGGCGGCGGUGGGGAUCACAGGUUGCUCAGGCUUGCAGAUGGGUCAGGGGCUGUGGAGAGUGGCCAGAAACCAGCAGCUACAGCAGGAAGGCUAUAGUGAGCAAGGCUACCUCAGCAGAGAGCAGGGCAGGAGGAUGGCUGCCAGCAGCAUUCCUAACACCAGUCAUCGUAAACAAGUCCAAGGAGGCAUUGACAUAUAUCAUCUUUUGAAAGCAAGGAAAUCUAAAGAACAGGAAGGAUUCAUUAAUUUGGAAAUGUUGCCCCCCGAGCUAAGCUUUACCAUCUUGUCCUACCUGAAUGCAACUGACCUCUGCUUAGCUUCCUGUGUUUGGCAGGACCUCGCAAAUGAUGAACUUCUCUGGCAAGGGUUGUGUAAAUCCACUUGGGGUCACUGUUCCAUAUAUAAUAAGAACCUACCUCUAGGAUUUUCUUUUAGAAAAUUGUAUAUGCAGCUGGAUGAAGGCAGCCUCACCUUUAAUGCCAAUCCAGAUGAGGGAGUCAACUACUUUAUGUCCAAGGGUAUCCUAGAUGAUUCACCAAAGGAAAUAGCAAAGUUCAUCUUCUGUACAAGAACACUAAAUUGGAAAAAACUGAGAAUCUAUCUUGAUGAAAGGAGAGAUGUCUUGGAUGACCUUGUAACGUUGCAUAAUUUUAGAAAUCAGUUCUUGCCUAAUGCACUGAGAGAAUUUUUUCGUCAUAUCCACGCCCCUGAAGAGCGUGGGGAGUAUCUUGAAACUCUUAUAACAAAGUUCUCACAUAGAUUCUGUGCUUGUAACCCUGAUUUAAUGCGGGAACUUGGCCUUAGUCCUGAUGCUGUCUAUGUACUGUGCUACUCUUUAAUUCUACUUUCCAUUGACCUCACCAGCCCUCAUGUGAAGAAUAAAAUGUCAAAAAGAGAAUUUAUUCGAAAUACCCGUCGUGCUGCUCAAAACAUUAGUGAAGAUUUUGUAGGGCACCUUUAUGACAACAUCUACCUUAUUGGCCAUGUGGCUGCGUAAAAGCACAAUUGCUACGACUUCAGCUUUUAACUUCAAACUUAAGCUACCCAAGGACUUAUUUAGCGGAUAAGGGGGUUACAUUAGUGCUGGUCAUUCCAGCCUCUGUAUACAAUCAAGCUUGAGUGGACAAACUUUUUUUUUCUUUUACUAUUCUCUUUUUUAGUAAUUUCCUUGGGGAACUAAAAAAUUUUGCAGAAUUUUUCUUAAUUUUGCUUAUCAUGUUUUGCACAAAGCAGAGCCAUUGUCUGACACAGCUGUUUAAGAAUGUUAAACUGACAUUAUACUCUAAAAGAUGGUAUAUUUGUGCAUUAGAUUUGCCUGAAAAACUUUAUUCACUUCCAUUCUUUUUAAAAAUACCAUGUAAUGUGUACAUAUUUAACUAAAGAGAUUUAUAAUCAUAAUUAUUUUAUUGUAAAGAUUUUAACUAAAGCCUUUCCUUUUUCUCUCAAA